AUGGGUUUGAAUCGUCCAAAUGGCUGUGGGAUUUCAACAAAAUUUUAUGAAAAUCCUGAAGUAAUAGCAAACUUUGAUCCCGUCAGAACAUGGCUUACGCGAAAUCACAAAAAAUACACACAAUCAGAGCCACCAACUAAUAAAAGCCUUGCCGGUCUUUGUUAUCAGCUUUUGAUAUUUCAGGAGCAUCAUUUUGGCAAAAUCAAUUCACCUGCGAAGUUACCUUCAAGACUCUUUCUUGACUUUAAGCCCGGUGGCUCUUUGUGCUAUAUUUUUCUUGUAUGUAUGAAAUAUCGGCAAGAUCAGGGUUGGAGAAAAUUGGAUUUCAGCUCGCCUCGAGUUGAUAAAUUUAUGGAAAUGUUCGAACUAAUCAAACGCGAAUUAUCUCAUCAACAUUUGUGGUCAAACCCCUCUGUAUUUUUCACUAAUGUAGAAGAGCCUUUGCUUGCUCGAUUGCAGGAAGCUGCUUUUGCCCUUGGUGCUGGAGUUUCUAGAUCACCGGAGGAAGCCACACAUCUCGUUUACCCUCCUCCAGAUAACUGGUCCGGCGAUGGUCGUGAGGACUCAUCGUGUCAGAGAUUCCGUCCUGUUUUCAAAGAAGGUCGGGGUCUUCUUCUUCACUGGCUUUUUUCUCCAGGUUCAUUCGAUAGCUGGAAUACAAAUCUCCCCGUAGAAUAUUCGGCCAACAUUGAUCCUGAGCCAAGGGUUCCUGGAGGCACUCCAUGGGCUGUUGACGCUAGGUGGCUCAUUUACUCCGCCAGUUAUCGUGAAUGGUUGCUGGAAGAGGAUUUUCUUCAUUCCAGUAGCUCUGUUCUCCCCCGGAAAUCAUUCACUUAUGAUGAAUUUAUAGAAUUUGUUAAUGCCCAACCUUCUCAAGCACCUGGUUCGAAUUGGACAAGCUCCUUCUCUGCGAGCUCUCUAUCUGCGUCGCCGCACGUUUCGACCACGACAUCGUCAGAUGCCACAUACCAGAAAAAGAAACGAAAGAGGUCUCCUUCACCUACGGAGUCCUACACUAGCAAUAAAAAGCGUCGUCAUGGUUCUUUGGUCAACUCUGCUUCUUCUUCUAAAUUUUCUUCAUCUUCUCGGAAGAUCAAAAAGGAAUUUCCAUUUCGUAUUCAACAGGACUACAUGGAAUCAACUCCCGAAGAUCAGAGGGAUGAAAAUACGAACGACACGAAUGACUUGACUCGUUCUCUGGAUGAUCCUGAACCUCCAAAUAAGGUCUCUCAAGUACCGUUGGGUGCUCCUGGUGCAAACAUGAUUUCAAGAAAUUCUCGUACCGCUCUUGCAACUGCCGAUCUUUCUACAAAAAGACGAAACAUGAAAUCCUUUGAUAUGAAAACAUAUGCAUCAGUCGACGCUGACCAUACGGGAGAGGGCGAUGGUGUAACUUCAGGUGCUGAUCAAUCAGGAGGCGCCGGUGAUAUGAGUGUGAUUGAACAGGCUCAUUGCAUUGUUGUUCCUUCCUACUCGGCAUGGUUUGAUUACAACGCUAUCCAUGCAAUAGAGCGCCGCUCCCUACCCGAAUUCUUCAAUGGCCGUAACAAGAGCAAGACACCUGAAACUUACUUAGCCUACCGUAACUUCAUGAUAGAUACCUAUCGUCUAAAUCCCCAGGAGUAUCUCACUUUCACUGCCUGUCGACGUAAUCUCACUGGAGAUGUCUGUGCUGUAUUACGAGUGCAUGCCUUUUUGGAGCAAUGGGGUCUCAUAAAUUACCAAGUGGCAUCGCCGCUAAUUCCCUCCGGCGCUGGACAGAUACCUUCAGAGGCCGCGCGUUUAGCCGUCGCAGCUAGUCUAGGACCCCCCUCCACUGCUCACUUUAACGUUCUCACGGAUAGUGCUAGCGGUCUGCAACCACUCGGUAGUCAAAAUCAGGCUGCUAUGUCAACUCUAGUUGUUGAAGAAACGGCCAAACAACAAUUGACCAAUAAGGAACAAUCUGGAGUAGAAACUGGCAAGAGUAAUGAAGGUGCUGAAGUUGAGGCUAAACCAGUCAAGCCGGAGUUGGGUACAGCAGAAAGCCAAGCCCCACAGCCUGGGCAGACAGAAACCCCUCCAGGUCAAACAGCUCCUCCAUCCACGGGUGAUCCUCUACUUCGAAGCGAUCAAUAUCUCUCUGGUAACAAUGCUACAGGCGACGCCAGUUCAAUAGCUCCCAAUCAGGUGCUACUCAAAGGCUCUAAUAAGGAUGGAUGGACAGACCAGGAAACCUUACUUUUACUCGAAGGUCUGGAAAUGUAUCGAGAUGACUGGAAUAAAGUGGCAGAACAUGUGGGCAGUCGAACACAGGACGAAUGCAUUCUGCACUUUCUGCGUCUACCUAUUGAAGAUGCCUAUUUGGAGGGGGAUUUCGGUAGUAAUUGUUUUUCUGCUUUAGCAGAUGCUGCUCAUCCACAACCUCCUUUCUCAAAGGCCGGAAAUCCUAUUCUCUCUACUGUCGCAUUCUUGGCUGCUGUAGUUGAUCCUAGGGUUGCUGCUAGUGCUGCGUCCGCAGCUUUGAAGGAGUAUGCUCAAAUGCGUGAGGAGGUCCCAGCGGGUCUGCUGCACGAACACAAGGCUCGAGUUCAAGCCGCAGUGAGAAUGGGUCGGGAUGUUGAUCCCACUAAAUUCGGUCUGGAUGAACUUGGUAUUGUUAAAUCCUCUGAGAGCGAAACCAAGAGAAAGUCUCCCACUGAAGCAGUAGACGAGGAACAGCAGGCAAAGGGGCCGGCCUCAGAAUGUGGUGCUGAAAGAACAGCAGAAGGAGAGAUAACGAAGACCACUGAUGGUAAAUCUGCUGCUGAUGUGGUUAAGGAAAGGGAUUCGGCAGAGACUACUGAAAAGAUGGAAGUUGACAUCGCGGCGACUGCUAAAGAUGCGGAGACUAAGAAGUCAACUAAUAGUCUACCGAAGAAUCCUGAUAGUCUGGGUACUGCUGCAGCUUGUGCUCUGGCUGCAGCCGCUACAAAGGCGCGUCACUUGGCCAGUGUGGAAGAGAAGCGCAUUAAGGGCCUUGUGGCCCAGUUAGUGGAAACUCAACUCAAAAAGCUGGACAUCAAGCUCAAGCAAUUUCAAGAGCUCGAGGCCAUAUUGGAGCGUGAACACGAGAUGUUGGAGCAGGCGCGUCAGCAGUUGAUGCACGAUCGUCAGGCAUUCCACAUGGAAGUGAUUAAAACCAUGGAAAGUCAGGCUCGUGUUUUAGUGCAACAACAACAACAGCCUCAGACCCCUCAGGCCAUUCAAACCGCUCCUCCCCCGCCACCAAAUGUCUCUCUCCAACAGAUCCGUUCUCAAGCCUCUCUUCAGCAACAACAAUUUCGUGCUCCACCGUACAUACAACAGCAGUCAGGUGGACCACCUCAACUGCGUCCAGCCCCUUCCACCAUGAUGAUAAGUUCUGGCGGAGGUCUUCCUAGACCCCCGGAACUUGCCCCUAUGAUGUCUCAGCAAGCACCACUUCCACCAACAAAUACUGGCAUGCCACCCAUGACUGGUCCACCUAAAUUGGCCCCUUCUGUUAAUGCGACAAAAAUGGCAGAUGGAGAUGAAAGUGGUGAGAAAGAGUCUGUUGGUCAAGAGGAAAUUAAAAAGCCCAUUGAACAGCAGGAAGCGGUUGCUAGGCCGCAAGGCCCUGCAGAGAUUAUUGCACAACAGCCUAGUGCAAGUACUUCAGACCAACAGGUCGGAGAGGAGACUAUUACUGAGGUGCAAAAAGUAGGCCAGGUUGAGGAGCAGGAUAACGGAGAUGGUGAUGAGGGUGAGGAUGCUGAAGGAAUGGAAGAAGAUGAUGACGAUGAUGAUGAGUCAUGA